UUUGCGGAGCGCGGGGAGCUGAGCCAGCCCAGCCCAGUCCGUCCGUCGAGCCCGGCAGCGCGGUCCUUCCUCCUCCUCCUCCUCCUCCUCCUCCGCAGCAGCAGCAGCAGCCGAACAAAGGAGCCGUCGGGGAGAGAAGGCGAGAAGGAAGGCAAGGAAGAGAGAAGAAAGGGAGGAGAAGGAAAGAGAGGAGGGAGGAGGACAGAAGGGAAGAAAGAGAGGAGGGAGAGGAGAGAAAAAAGCGAGCCCAGCCAGCCAGCCGCCCACCUCCUCCUCCUCCGCCCAGCCAUGACGGCCAACGGGACCCCCUCCUCGCCGUCGUCGGACUCGCUGCCCAUCCAGUUCGGCCUGAUCAACUGCGGCAACCGGUACCUGACGGCCGAGGCCUUCGGCUUCAAGCUCAACGCCUCGGCGCCCAGCCUGAAGAAGAAGCAGAUCUGGACGCUGGAGCAGAACGGCGACGACUCCAGCGUGGUCUUCCUGCGCAGCCACCUGGGCCGCUACCUGGCGGCCGACAAGGACGGGCAGGUGAGCUGCGAGAGCGAGGCGCCCUCGGCCGACUGCCGCUUCCUCAUCCUGGCCCACGACGACGGGCGCUGGUCGCUGCAGUCCGAGCCGCACCGCCGCUUCUUCGGCGGCACCGAGGACCGGCUCUCCUGCUUCGCGCAGGCCGUCUCGGGCGCCGAGAAGUGGCGCGUCCACCUGGCGCUCCACCCGCAGCUCCACCUCUUCAGCCUGAGCCGCAAGCGCUACGCCCAGCUGGGCGCCGGCGGCGAGGAGCUGGCCGUGGCCCGCGACGUGCCCUGGGGCGUGGACGCCCUCAUCACGCUCCUCUUCCACGAGGGCCGCUACCGGCUCCAGACCCGCGACCACCGCCUCCUGCGCCACGACGGGCAGCUGGUGGAGCGCGCCGAGCCCGCCGCCGAGUUCACGCUGGAGUUCCGCGCCGGCAAGGUGGCCUUCCGCGACGGGCAGGGCCGCUACCUGGCGCCCUCGGGGCCCAGCGGCACCCUCAAGGCCGGCAAGGCCAGCAAGGUGGGCAAGGACGAGCUCUUCCUCCUGGAGCAGAGCUGCCCGCAGGUGGUGCUGCGCGCCGCCAACGACCGCAACGUCUCCACCCGCCAAGGAAUCGAUCUCUCGGCCAACCAAGAUGAAGAGGCUGACCAAGAAACCUUCCAGAUGGAAGUCAACAAAGAGAACAAGAAGUGCACCUUCAGGACUUGUACUGGGAAAUACUGGACUCUGACCUCCAACGGUGGGGUACAGUCCACUGCCUCAACUAAGAAUGCCAACUGUUACUUCGACAUUGAGUGGUGUGACCGGCGUAUCACUCUCAAAGCCGCCAAUGGCAAAUACGUCACUGCCAAGAAGAAUGGGCAGCUCGCUGCUACGGUCGAAACAGCCAGUGAGACAGAGCAAUUCCUCAUGAAGUUGAUCAACCGACCCAUCAUUGUUUUCCGUGGAGAACAUGGCUUCAUCGGCUGUCGGAAGAUGACAGGCACCCUAGACUGCAAUCGGUCUUCUUACGAUAUCUUUCAGCUGGAGUUUAAUGAUGGUGCCUACAAUAUCAAAGAUUCCACUGGGAAAUACUGGAUGGUGGGAAACGAGGCGUCCAUCACCAGCAGCAGCGAUUCUCCCGUGGACUUCUUCUUCGAGUUCUGCGACUUUAACAAAGUGGCCAUCAAGGUCAACAACAAAUACCUGAAGGGCGACCACGCUGGGGUCCUCAAAGCCUCUGCCGACGCCAUUGAGCCCUCCACCCUCUGGGAGUAUUAAACGCACUUUAGUCUCCUUCCCUUCGCUCUACGCUUCCUCUCUUCCCCCACUUCCUUUUUCCGGUUGCCAACUUCCUGCAGGAAUUUCCUUUUGGUAUGUUCUGGUGUGUCUUUUUUUCAAAAGAGAGGGAUUCUAUCUUUCCAGACUGGCCUGCUGCCACCUUUGGUCUGCCAUGUUGUUGUUGUUUGUUGUUUUAAGUUGGCUUUCCCCCCUUUAUUAUGUGAGUUCAUUUAAAACUGGAAGAAAAAAACAAAACAAAAACAUCGUUUGUCUGCAGAAAAUGCCCUGCUCUCACCUUACGGACUGUUUGUAGGGGGAGAGGAAGAGAGAAGAGAAAAGUUGGGUGGCGGGGGUUGAACGAAUCUCUCCUUUGGCGGUCCUUCCGGAUCGGAAAGGAAUACAUUUGUCCCCAUUGGAAUCAGAAAAUGUGCCCCACCCAUCUGUUAGGUCUCCUCCUGAGAAGGAAGGUCUUCAGGAAGAGCUAAUAUUGAGCUCCGCAAGAGCCCCGCUUUGGAAAACCUCGCGGGGUUCGGUGUCUUCAGCGCCCCACCUUCUGUCCCAGGGUAGGUGGACGUCCGUAACUCUCUUGUUCCAACUGGGCCUUCCAGAUUGAGUUUGGGGUAUCUUCUGUAAGUAGGAAUGAAGAGUUCUCUUCCUUGGCUUUUUAAGUUACUCAUCCCCAUUCUCUGGCGAAGGUAGAGAAGAAGCAGCUUAGCGUAUCUUGUCAUCAUUCCACGGGACGAGAGAAGCGGGUAGGGGAAGAAGUCACGAUGUGACUCUUUAAGGUGAGCUACCAAAGCAGGUCUUACGCUCACAGACCAAACGAGCUACUUUUUCCUGGAUGGAAUCCAACUGGACCUCCUUCGUGCGUUCAUCUCAUCCUCGACGAUCCGAGCGAAUUCCUCGUUUCUUCUUGCCCCCCAAAGCAUCUCUGAAUGUCUCCCCCGACUCAUGCCGAGAGGCCAUCGAUGUUGUCUUAUGGUUCCUUUCCCUUUCUCCCUGAAAGGGGCAUCCGUUACCAAAUGUCCCUCCCCCCCCCUCUUUUAUACCUUCUCAUAAUAAUUUGGGGUCUUAGCAUUUCGUUAAGAGCAGGCCAGGGCUACCUUGAAGCCGUUGCUUUACGGAUGGAUGCAUCAGAUGAAGGCGUUGAGUUGCACGUUAAUAUGUCCGCGCGUCAUUUCUCUCCCCUCCCUUUUGCCUUGGCUGGGGAGAACCAUCUCAAACAUCUCCUGUGUCUCUAUUUCACCGUUCAUCCAUGACGGAGGGCGGUUUUCCCCACCAGAUAAAAACUGGUUUGGAGAGAGGUCUCCAGUUGAGCAAGAACUUCAUGACACACGCUGCAGAAUGGAGACCUGUCGAUCUCUCUUGGUUUUCCUCCCAAGUACACCCCACUGAAAUGUCUUGGUAGAUUUGGGGGGGAGGUGUGAAAGAUGAGAUUGAGGGGGUGGGAAGGUAACAGGAGGAGGAGGAGAUCAAGCAGAGGUGAAGCCAUGCUGCAUGUCCACAAACUUUUCAGGGGAACCCUCCAUCGCCAACUAUCUCUGUUCCUUAAAUUAGCAUCAUUUGCACAAUACCCGUCUGCUACAUCGUUCUACCUGUUGACCUGAACUGCAAUUUGUCGUCUUCGCAUCUCACUACCCCCUUCCCCCCCUCCCCAAAUUGUAAAACUCUGAGUCAAUGCAGCCAUUUCUGGCUUGUGCUUCUCAGCAGCUUCCCACAUCUCAUCUCAUCUCUUCUCUCGACAAGCUACGUGAGGGUGUCCCCAGGAUGGUACCCAAACAUCACCUUGCACUUUGCCCCACUGAACCCCUAAACACGGAAAGUUGAACAGGAAUUGUCUUUUCUUGACUUACUUAGAUCAACCUGCCCUCCGAGCCAACCUAACAUUAGUCACCCUACUAGGGUUUGUUGUUCGGCAUGGCCAACUUCGAUCUUUGUAACACGUUGCUUAACUCUUCGGCGGUCCGAAAGAGUCUUCUGUGCACGCACAUUUUGUGUGGAUUUAUUAUAUUAUUAUUAUUUUGUAGUUGUCUGAUGGGAUGCCUUCUUGGGGUUUUAAUCUCUGUUUCCUUAGGCCAAGCAGACCCCCAGGGUUUAACCUGAAAUCCGCGGGGACUUGGCUUGAAAUGGUGCUCUCUUUCUACCCAAAUCCGUGAAUUUGUAAGAUCCAGAUUUGUAUUUGCUCAAUGCGUUAACUUUACAGGGAGCGGGGCUUGCCAAAUUUUCAAAAGGGGUUGGUGGGUUUUUGAUUAACCGAGGGAGAACAGCGGGGACCCAUCCUAAGCCUUAAAAAAAGCAUCCACACUCUGCCAUCCAUAAGGUGACUUCAAUAGGAAUUGGUGCUCUUAACUUUAUAGCAAUGGAAAUUAUUUGCCUUAUGAAUAAGAGGGUUUGAGCUGGAGUUUGCCUGGGAAUCUUAACUGGACUGCGCUGAAGUUCUGGAAACUAUUUUAAAAAAAACUUUGUGAAAGAAACCACAAUUGGGGGGGGGGGGGGCAGAGAUGACUACCCAGUUGGCCUUCAGAGUUUGUGUCUUGUGUCUUUUGCCCACCUGGUGGGAUUUGGAUCAUGUACACCUCACUGCCUUUCCUCCUGUAACAGUUUUUUAAGUCAAGAAUCCUUGCCUUCUAUUUCCUUGACUAUUGUGGCUCUGAAAAGCAUCUCAUAUCCUGAUACGUUUAGUUAAUUUUUUUUGGUUUCGUUUUUCCCUAUUAAAAACACUUUUUUGUAAGUGCUAUUUGUAUAAGAAGCAUCAAAUGGAGAAGAGAAUUGACAAAAUAAAAACCUGCAUACAGAUAUAAAA